GAAAUUUCUGAAAUUAAAACUGCGCAGUAUUGACCUCUUGCUUCCAGUCUUUUAUUUGGUAAUCCAGUCUGGUCGUCUGACCUGAAUUGAAAACGAACACGCGGAGGACCUGAAAGACUGCCUCCAGCAGGAUCCAAGUGGGAUGGAAAAAACACGAGCGGAAAGAGAUUUGACUCUGGCUCAAACAAAAGAUCAGAAUUCCAGAAGGGGGGAAAAAACCAGCUAAUGUUCCGUUAUGUAAGAGAUUAUUUGUUCUCUAUCCGCUCAGUAAUUCAAACUUGAGGAACACAAUAGUUUGUGUGUGAAGUUAGCUGCUCCAACGAGAUUAAAGAUGCCCAUGCAUGGAUACUCACUUUUCUUCCUAGCACUCCUUGUGUUGUUGUCAUCGUGGAGAGUUUGUUUUUGUGGUAAGAUUCUUGUAGUACCCUUCGAGGGCAGCCUCUGGUUGAAUAUGGAGGUCCUGGUUAAAGCACUCCACUCUCACGGUCACUCCAUGGAUGUGAUACGGACUGAUAAGAGCUGGUACAUUAAGGAUGGCAUGCCACACUACAACACCAUCACGGUAUCCGUCAACGAAGUGUUCGACCCGGACUUUGUCAAUCCUCUUCUGGAGAAGACUUUUGCUCUGGAGAGGCAGCAAAGCUCCUUGAUGAGCUUUCUAAGUCUUAAUCUUCAAAUGUUCAAGGCGAUGUCCGGUACCAGCAGGAUCAUGUGCAAGUUGGCCAUUGAGAUAUUAAAAGAUGACAAUUUAAUGGCUCGUCUGAGGGAGAGUCAGUAUGACCUGGUUCUCACAGACCCGGAGUUGGGAACGGGUAUCAUGUUGGCUCAUGCUCUACAGCGACCUUUAGUCUAUAAUGUGCGUUGGGUGAUGAGCAAAGAGGGGCAUCUGGUCCUGGCGCCUACUCCUUUGUCUUACGUUCCUAUGACUGGCUCCGGACUGUCUGAUAAGAUGACUUUCUUCCAAAGGAUUAAGAAUCUUAUAUACUUCGCCACAUGGGAAUUCCAGUAUAUAUUUUUAGUCAUACCUCAUUACCAAGCUGUCUGCGAUCAGUUCUUUGGCCCAGAGGUAAGAUUUGAUGAACUUAUCCAGAGUGCUGACUUGUGGCUCAUGAGAGCAGACUUUGUCUUUGAGUUCCCUCGCCCCACCAUGCCCAACGUAAUUUACAUGGGAGGCAUCCAGUGUAAGCCCGCAGAACCUCUACCCGACCACCUGGAGGAGUUUGUACAGAGUUCUGGAGAACAUGGCAUUAUCGUCAUGUCUUUGGGGACUAUUGUGAGCCAACUCCCUGAAGAUGUCGCCGAUGAGAUCGCAGCUACUUUUGCCAAGCUCCCGCAAAAGGUCAUCUGGAGCUACAGAGGUUCCAAGCCUUCCACUUUGGGUAACAACACCCUCCUUGUGGGCUGGAUGCCACAAAAUGACCUGCUUGGGCAUCCCAAGACUAAAGUCUUCGUGGCUCAUGGUGGGACAAGCGGCGUCCUGGAGGCAAUUUACCACAGCGUCCCAGUGGUGGGAAUACCAUUGUUUUUUGACCAGUAUGACAACCUGGUGCGUUUGUCAGAGAGAGGAGCAGGUGUGAUGGUCACAUUGGCCUUAAUUAACAAAGAUGAUAACUUCCUGAAGGCCCUCCAGGAAGUUAUUACCAAUCCUUCCUACAGGAACAACAUGCAGAAGCUCUCCAAGCUCCACAAAGACCAGCCCAUCCCACCGCUAGACAAUGCUCUCUUCUGGAUCGAGUUUGUUAUGCGGCACCAGGGUGCAGCUCACCUGAGGACCGAGUCCUACAAGCUACCCUGGUACGCCUACUACUCUGUGGACGUAUAUCUAUUCCUGUCUGGGGUUGUGCUUGUUUUGUUGUUAACAUUUUUUAUCGUGAUGAGACUGUUGUGCUCAGCUUUAUGUAAGAGGAAAUUGAAACGUGACUAGAUCAGUCAUAUUGUUUCUUUACAAAGAUGGCAGUUAUGAUUGUGCUCCCUGUUGUGUUUUUCAGGAUCACAUCUGUAAAACAAAUUAAUAAUGAGCUGUUUCUUUGACGAUAUUAGGAGAAAUCAAACUGUUUAGUAUUAUCUCCCACUGGAAUGUGAUCAUUGGCUGCCAUCCCUUCUAUUUCAAAUGAACUUUAUCACAUUCCGUGAAACCAAUGUGGUAAUUGUUCCCAAAAACCUAGAACUAGUUAAGACCUGCCUGUUCAAGGAGAGCCCUGUUUGGAAUGCGUUGUCAUAUAACCUCAAAGGUCUAUUUCUUUUGGUACAGAAACCAGCGUAGGCUAUGUUGGAUCUCUUCACAUUUAACUCCUGUGUGCAGUGCAGACUCCUGAAUAUGCAGAGCAGAAAAUAUCAUUUUUAGGCCAGAAAGUUAGCUUUCUUCAAUAAGUUUGGAGGCUCUUUAUCACGGGAUCUCAUUAUUGAUUGUCCAAUGAGCUGGCAUUGCUAUGAGGGGGGAAAGGGGGCUCACGAGAUAUGGAGAUGGGUGAUAAAUGAAGAAUCGCUAGCCUCCUUGAAGUAAGAUCUUCAAUCCCAAAGGCAUCAUUCCACAGCUGAGCUAUUCACCAAUAGACAGAGGAAGUUGAGUUGUUCUGGUAUGAGUAUUUAGUCUUGAUUCAUAAUUUGUGACAUCCUUAGAUUCUAUGGUUUAUGAUGUCUGGGUAUAUUAGUGUGUUUGUGGGGUGGGGGCACAUCUUAUUCUUUUCAAUCAUUGUUUGCGACUUACAAAUCACUCAAUUCGCUGUACAUUUCUAUUUAUUUUACUUGUGAUACGCUAAACAUCGCAAUUCAAACUUUAUGUACAGUGGAGCAAAUAAGUAUUUAGUCAACCACUAAAUGUGCGAGUUUUCCCGCUUGAAAAUAUUAGAGGCCUGUAAUUGUCAACAUGGGUAAACCUCAACCAUGAGAGACAGAAAGUGGGGGAAAAAAGAAAAUCACAUUGUUUGAUUUUUAAAGAAUUUAUUUGCAAAUCACGGUGGAAAAUAAGUAUUUGGUCAAUACCAAAAGUUCAUCUCAAUACUUUGUUAUGUCCCCUUUGUUGGCAAUAACUGAGGCCAAGCGUUUUCUGUUUCUCUUCACAAGCUUUUCACACACUGUUGCUGGUAUUUUGGCCCAUUCCUCCAUGCAGAUCUCCUCAAGAGCAGUGAUGUUUUGGGCUGUCAUUGGGCAACAUGGACUUUCAACUCCCUCCAAAGAUUUCCUAUGGGGUUGAGAUCUGGAGACUGGCUAGGCCACUCCAGGACCUUGAAAUGCUUCAUACGAAGCCACUCCUUUGUUGCCCUGGCUGUGUAUUUGGGAUCAUUGUCAUGCUGAAAGACCCAGCCACGUGUCAUCUUCAAUGCCCUUGCCGACUAAAUACUUAU